AUGAAUCUAUAUGGGUCUGUGUGGUCAGGGCUGGGGGUUGGGUGUAGAGUGUCAUGCGAUACGGUACGCAAGAUCAGAUGGGGGACCUUUCGUUGGCAUCGCCUUUUCUCUUCACUUUCUGAUGCAUUGAUCGACCCUAAGAAGGGUUCGAUCUCCGCAAACGUCAACAUUGUUAAUUAUAGCCUCGCUGGUGCCUACAUUGUUUCCUACAACGAACAUGGGUUCUUGCUAAGCAAUGGUACGGUUAUUCAUGGUCCCAUGGUUUCAUUUCCACAAAAUGUAUUUUCUUGGAGAGUAACGUGUGGUGUUAAUUCAGCAGAUGAUAUCAACGAAGAGUCCCUGUCUUUGUUUAGAAUCCUGUGCCCCGAAUUAGAAGUCCUAGUCAUCGGCAAAGGUGCGUCCAGCGAGAAAAUUAAUCAACGAGAAAUAAUGAACAUGUGUUGGAGGCAUAAUUUGGGCGUUGAAGUCCUGUCAACUGCAUCGGCUGUGGGCACCUUCAACUUUCUCAAUUUCGAAGGCCGUUACGUUGCAGCUGCUCUCAUUCCUCCAAUCAGCAGGGAAGUAUAUGAUGAUCGCCAGCGUCUGAAGCAGCUUGAGACGUCUCGAGAAAUCCGUCUUUCUAUUGAGAAUAGUUCCAAGAUUAAGAAACUCCCAACACCGGAGCCUCCCGCCUUUCUGAAGCGACUCACCCAUUCGUCGGAAAAAGACAAAUACUUUGCUUCUUAAAAGGCAAAACCGCUGACUAUGCUGCGUCGAGUUAUGACAGUUGCAUCUCACAGAAGUCGCCGUUUGGCAUUUUCUACCAGAGCUAGAAUCCCAACGUCAAAUCAGGAGAAAUCAGACGAUGAGAAGUUAGUUCUACCCUCAUUGAAGAGAUUGGCUAAUCGCAGCACCGUUGCCAUGCAAAUGCCCAAUAUGACGCGUAAAUAUGCUGUCUCAGAUGCUCCUCUCAUUCCCAGUUAUUUUCUUGGGAAGCUACAACUGGAACUUUUGGAGUACCCCGAAUUGUCCACUAAGGAGGAGGUGGUUCAAAUCAACAAUUUGUUCUGUACAGUGGAAGACUGGGCGACCAAAGUUGACAGCAAAUCAAUUGACGAGAAAGGCAUCAUUCCAGAAGAUGUGCUACGCGAUUGCAAAAUCAUGGGUCUCUUUGGUCAGCGAGUUGACCCAAAGUAUGGCGGAUUGGGUAUGACUCCACUUGAGUCUGUUCUUGUUGCUGAAGCAAUGGGAUAUGAUCCUUCGCUUUUCGCAACUUUCGCGGUACACGAAGCUCUCGGUUUGAAGGGUCUUCAGCUCGUAGGUACCGCAGCACAGAAGGAGAAAUACCUUCCAAAUCUUGCUUCCGGUGAAAUGAUUGCGGCGUUCUGUUUGGCCGAGGUAAUCAGCGGAUCCACACCAACGCAGACCCAGACUCGAGCCACUCUCAGUCCGGACGGUAAACAUUAUAUCCUCAAUGGUCGUAAGGCCUGGGUUGUCAACGGCUCACGUGCCGAUGUCUUCACUGUUUUUGCACUAACAUCUGUCCCCAAUGAAAAGGGCGAAAAGGAGGAUAAGCUUUCCGCCUUUCUGGUGGAACGCGGUUUCGAAGGCACCAUUGAAGUUCAACCCCCAAUCGAGCGGAUUGGGCUUAGAGGGCUCGACCUCGUCGAUGUAUCCUUCAAGGAUGUUCGAAUACCGGUUGAGAAUGUUCUAGGGGCUUUAGGCUCCGGUACUGAACUCUCCGGGCGAAUCGCAAGUAGUGAACGUUACCUGGUGGGCGGUCUAUGUGUGGGUCUCUGUCGCGAUGUUCUGGACGCUCUUACGGAUCAUUGCAACAUGCGCCACCAGUUUGGGCGUCCUCUCAGCCACUUUGGCUUGGUACAGCGUCGGUUAGCCCAUGCUGCCGCUCAACUCUAUGCGAUGGAAUCGGUUACCUACCUUGUGGCCGGCUUUUUGACUGCACAGCCACAACGAGAUUUGAUGAUUGAGUCGUCGGCAGUCAAGAUGGUUGGUCCGUAUGGUAGACUCUACCUAAAGCAUCAGGUUUACAUCUUUCAGCUCUUUGCAACAGAAACGACUGUUGCUUUGUUGAAUGACUGCAUCGUAUUGGCAGGGGCGCUGGGAUUCACAAAACAACUACCACUAGAAAGGUUCCUGCGGGAUUCAAGGGUGCUCACAUCUUUUAUGGGGGUUAAUGACCUUCUUCGUGUCUACAUCGCCUCAGCCAGCCUCUCCAAGGUUGGGAAGGAGUUACGCCGUUUCGUGGAGUGCGCACGCAGCCCCUCACAACAUAUGCUGUACAUGCUUCGGGAGGCUUGGCGCAAGGAUUGGCGCAUGGAAAUGCUGCUUCGUGGAUGGGGUGCACCACCCUCUAUUGUCACUGCGGCAAAAAUGGAAACAGAACGGGGUGUACGAGCUUCAACCCGUGUUGGUGAUCACCUUCAUCCCAACCUUCAAGCCUUGGGAAAUCGAAUGGCGCGUCUUAUAGUGCAGACGUAUGAGUUAACUAGGCAGGUUCUUAUUCUCCAUGCUAAUACAAUAAACGAAGACCAAUUCUCUCUGUGGCUACUCUCAGAUUUGGCUGUGGGACUAUUCACGGUGACUGCAGUUUUAAGUCGAGCAUCAAGGGCGAAAAGUAUUGGAGUGAAAUAUCACAAUAAUGAGCUGGAAUUGGCCGAACUCUUUACAUUGGAGACAUUGGACCGCCUACAAGGCGAACUGUCUAGUUUCAAGCAGAAGGCCAACUUGCACAAACGCAUUGCCAGCGUGAUGGUAAAAGAGAACGGCUACGCAUCGGUCAGUCCCCUCAGUCGUGUUUGGUAG